AUGCCAGCCGGAGCGCCCAAGCCACCGCCUCUGCCGCCUCCAUUUGUGCUACCAGCACCUCCUCCCCAGUACUUAUUACCUCCUCCUCCCCCUGUAUAUCUACCAGCCCCUCUCCCUCUACCCCCUCCACCAGUGUACUUACCCUCGCCGGCGCCGCAACCAGUACUAUUACCACCACCUCCUUCCCCUCCUGUAUACCUGCCUGCGCCUCCUCAACCCAUCUUACUACCGCCGCCGCCACCCCCUUCGCCGGUAAUCUUACCAGCACCCCAGCCCUGUGCAGCUCCACAACCAGCCCCAGUUCUCCUGCCACCCCCGCCGUCACCUGUAGUCCUACCAGCCCCACCCCCACCCGCACCAGUGUAUCUACCACCACAGGCCCCAGCCCCCGUCUAUCUCCCACCACCAGCGCCAGCCCCAGUCUACCUUCCAGCUCCCCAACCUGCGCCCGUAGUGCUGCCUGCUCCUCCUCAAUACCUGCCACCCGUAGCCCCUCCAGUAGUACCACCAGCAUCUCCUAUCGUAAUAUCUCUGGUUCCCCCUGAAUGUGACUCGCCUGCUUACGGGCUUCCUCCUCCUCCGCCUGUUUACUACCCACCUCCCCAGUACAGUCUCCCCCCACCCCAAUACAGUCUCCCCCCUCCCCAAUACAGCCUACCUCCUCCCCAGUACGGCUACCCAACCCCUAUUCCUGCCCCUUCGCCCCCAGCCGUCCCAAUGAGCGCGUAUAUGGUACCACCCAUGGUCCCAUGCAAUAUAGAAGCCAAACCAGCAUGUGAGUCCAAAUGCGAGAAGAAGUUCGGGAAGUUCGACAAAUUCGACAAAUUCGACAAAUUCGAGAAGUUCGAGAAGUCCAAACCAUCUUGUGGCUGCAGCAAGUGUUCACAGCCACCGUCUUAUCCCUAUUAUUAUUAA